AUGGGCGGCGAGGCCGGCUCCGACGUGGUCGUGCGGGUGCUCGCCGUAUCUCGCAUCGCGCCGUCACGGCAGCAGGGGGGACGCGUGAAGCUGUCCUUCUUCGACACGCCGUGGGUCGGGCUGCCGCCGGUGCAGCAGGUGUUCCUGUACCACCUUGACGACAACGAUGAUGGGUUCCCGGCCAUAGUUUCCCGGAUCAAGGCCGCGCUCGCGGACACGCUCGCGCACUACCUUCCUCUGGCCGGGACGCUCGAGCACGUGGCGGAUACCGGCGACCUCGUCGUCGACUGGUCCGGCUCCGACGCCGGGGUCGCCUUCGUCGAGGCCGACGCCGCCGGCAUGGACGUGCGCCGGCUCGCCAGCGACGAGGCGCACGACAUGGCUGCGUUCGUGAGCCUCGUGCCUGAGCUCCAGACCGGGGCGCUCCCGGCGCCCUUGCUGUCCGUGCAGGCCACCCGCCUGGGUGCCGGCCUGGCGGUCGGCAUGUCCAUGCACCACGCCGUCGCCGACGGCCGCGGCGCGUGGCGGUUCAUCGAGGCCUGGGCGUCCGCCUCCCGCGCGGGCUCUCCGGUCACCGAGGCGCUCGGCCCGCCGCACUUCGGCCGCGAGGCCGUGUCCCACCCCCGCGGCGGCGAGGAGCUCGCUCGCGUCUUGCUCAAGAUUGUCGCGCCCAAUCUCCCUCUGGUAAGUAGUACUCAUGGGGUGCGCGACACGAGCCAGCGGUUCCGGCUGGCUCGCCGGACCUUCUACCUCAGCACGGACGACAUACGGUCGCUGCGGCGGCGCAUCGACGACCUCGCGGCGUCGUCCUCCGCGCCCAAGCCGAAGCCGGUGUCGACGUUCGUGGCGCUGGCUGCGCUGGUGUGGAGCGCGUUCGUCCGGUGCAAGGGGCUCGGUGCCAAGGAGGACACGUACCUGAUGUUCCACGCCGACCUGCGGGCCCGCCUUGAUCCGCCCGUCAGCGACGCCUACCUCGGCAACUGCGUGAGGCCGUGCGUGGCCCGGUGCGCCGACGCUGCGGACAUCGCCGGCGAGGCCGGGAUCCUCCACGCGGCGCGCGCGGUGCAGGCGGCGGUGGCGGAGAUGGCGGCGGCGCCGCUGGCGGGCACGGACGAGGCGGGGUUCGACGCGGUGAGGAGGCUGCCGUUCUCGCGGGUGGCGAACGUGGCGGCGAGCCCGCGGUACCGGGCCUACGAGGCGACGGACUUCGGGUUUGGGUCGCCCGCGCGCGUGGAGAUGGUGUCCAUGAACCACGACGGCGAGAUGAUGCUCGUCGGCGGCCGCCGGGACGGCGAGGUGCAGGUCUCCGUGGCCGUCGACCCGGCGCACAUGGACACGCUGAAGGCUUGCAUUCUCGCCUCCUCCGCGGUACCUGCCCCCGCCGACUCGGCAAAUGCCGCAGAUGUACCCUGCGUGGGCGCAGCAGGGGCCCUCGACACCUCAGUCGUCGUCAACUUCGCCAGCGACAACGAAGAAGCUGACGAUGCUGGAAACGGCGGUGCUAAUAUUUUUUAUUUUCUAUGUAAAUUAUGUUCGAAUGAAUGA